AUGCAUUAAUCCUAUUUCUAUUAUUUAAUAUGGAAAAUAAUAGUUUUAAAAUACGAGGGUUUGUUUCAUGUGAGCUCUGUUGUGGAACAGAUUACACUCGUAUGUAGAGGUCCUACUGUACAGACCUACAUUUGAACUUUGUUGACUUCACUAGGUCGAUGUCGGGCCUCAAGUUGAGAGAAGGCCACAGAUCGACUUUGAUGAUCUCUGUUAUUAUGGUCAAAGCUGUUGAUGAGGACAUGCUUUGCUACACAUGCUGAAAAACAAAAUCUGCUACAAAAAUUACGAUUUAGAAAGCAGCAGCAUAAUAUCACAGCUUUCCCCAGCUGAACAACAGCAUGCAGCGAGUGAAGACUACGGACCUUGACACUCGCAGCAACAUGGCCGCAGCUGGGACCACGAGAAACAUUCAGCUCGGGCCACGAGUUGUUUCGUAUCCGUCCGAGCAACUACAGCAACUUGAAGACUGUAAUUCCAUUUUACAUGAUGUGGAAGCAUUGCACCGUCGUAUGGAUGACAAAGGUUUUGGGAUAUUUACAUUGAUGACAUGAACCAUUUACAUCUGCAAGGGGAGGAGUUUGGGAAGCUACCUUUACAUCCGAGGGUUCCAUAAUAGAGAGGAAGUUCUUCAAGCAAGACUUGCAGUUCUGAAUUUUAUCCGGGAGAGUGGUGAAAACAGGCUGAGUAGCACAGCACCAUGGCAAGAUGGUGUUCUACAUCCAGGGUGUGGUGUGGGAUGUGUUCCUUUUAUGGAGGGUAAUACUGACCUCACCAACUCCCCAGCAAUUCAUGCAGUAUUCGAAGGACAACGUGCCUUUGGUUUCUUUGAAAAAUACUUUGGUGAAAAGGUGAUUACAUUUGACUACAAAUGGCUUAGGGCCAUGCCUAACAACGGAUUCACUGGAGCACAUGUGGACAGGGUCUAUAUGGGCAAAGGGUCCAGUAAUUUGCUGACUAUGUGGACCCCUAUUGGAGAUGUUCCUAUUGAGAUGGGUGUUCUUGCAGUGUGUGAGGGCUCUCAUCGGCUACCAGGCUUUGAGAAGUUCCAAGAUACUUAUGGCAACUUGGAUGUUGAUGAUGCUAACCUUGAUGGAACAGGUUGGUUCACAAAGGACCCAUUUGAAAUCACGGAAAAGUUUGGGGGCAGAUGGCUGACAACAGAUUUUCAAGCUGGAGAUGUUCUUAUUUUCCCCAUGAGAACUGUUCAUAUGUCAACAACAAAUACCACCCAGUUUGCUCGCAUCAGCUGUGACACAAGGUGGCAGCCAGCAAGUGAGCAGGCAGAUUCCCGCUUCAUGGGUGUGAGGCAGCCAGUCAGUUCACAGUAUGGGCUCUAUUCUAAUGAUGCUAGCCUCCAAAAGAACUCAGACUCCUCCACAGGCCAUGCACGGCGUAUCACCAUGGAGGAGCUGCGCAAGCAAUGGGAACUCUAAAUAAGUCUUGCUCAGUUUUUGAACCAAAGCUUAUACUGUGGUAGGAAAUAGAAGUUAUGACUUCACAAUUAAACAGAAUUUUGAAGAAUAAUUACUAAGUUCCUUUUAACUGUGAUGGGCAUACAGUGUACCUACAGUCUGAUAAAUUGGUGAGUGAAAAUCUCACCAGUAUUAUAUAACCAUGUUGCAUUAUCUGGUCUUUCAUCAUAUCGAAAUGUUGUGGCAGGUUAUACUGCAUGGUUCUCCUACCAUGCUAUGUUGAACUUUAUUUAAUUAAUUGACUGUUCUUUUUGAGUCCAAAUUUCUUAUAUUCUUGAUGUUGUAUGUUAUACGGGAAUGAAUAGAAUAUUCCUAUUAUAAAUAUGUAAUUAUUUCUUGUUUUUAAAUGAUGAUAUAUUGCCAGUCAUAAUAAAUUGAUCAAAUGGUGAAUGAAUGUAUUAAAAGCUUUGAAGAAAUCUGAUUAUGAUUGAUUGAAACUUUCUCAUUUAUAAUGCAGUCAGUGGGUGUAUCGCAAUGAGUAAUUGAUAAAUCAGAACAUUAUAUUAAUAUUAAAUUUAUUAUCAUGAUGAAGUCUUCAUAAAAUGAACAGUUUUAACUCCUACCAUUUUACCUUUAUAUUUCAUAAUUUAAUGUAUAUAAAUACACUUCAGACAUUUGUGAGUUUUUUAGGUGCGUGUUUGUGCAGAUUUUGGUGACAUUUGAUUAUGUAAGUGUUGUUUAUAAGCAUUAUGGAUCUUUGCUUGUGGAUUUAGUAAGAGUGACAUGCAUUUUUCUACUUCUUUAAUUUAAUAUAAAAUGUUUGGUCUCAAAUUGAGAAAAUUCUUGUUGUUGUCAUUCUCUGGAAAUGUGGUGUGUUAAUAUUUUCCACCUGAGCCAUCUUUUUAUUUUGUGAUUUUUAAAAAUUAAAAUUUAUAAUAAAAUAUCAAUAAAUACAUUUCGCAUUAAUCUGGAUAAAGCAAAUAAAAAUGUUUCUCAUUUCUCA